CACACAUACGUGUAUAUGCAUCCCAAUUACAUAGUCGUUAGAUCAGACAGGGAAAGAAAAUAUUCAUACAUAUCACUGUGGAGGGACCUAAUGUUUUGUGCCAAUCAAAGAGUGUAAAUAUGGGGCCCCACUUAUAUUAUAUUCUGUGGAGAGAAUAAAUACUAAACUUGUUGAAGGAGACUUCAUGAAAUAUACUCUAUCCGCUUUUUUCACAUCCAAACAAUCGUAAAGGGAAAGCAUAUUUCAACACAAUUUUCACUUUGGUUUGGUCAAAAGGAUACGAUACUACAUUCUCCACAACAUAAUCUGCAAAAUCCUUUAAUAUCAGUAACAGCUGCCUAAAACUAUCUGUAGAAUCAUUAGCCUCAUUAUGUAGCCAGAGGCCGGAAAUCUCUAUCAAGGAAAAAUAAGUCAAGAUAAAUGGAAAGCAUUCAGAAUAUUCCCAUAGAGAAAGAGGGAUAGAGAGGACAUAGUCAUGGACUUUGAAACUAUCAAGGAAUAGAAAAAACCAGUGGGUUCCCCAACCCAAGUUAACAAACUCUAAAAAAUUUUGGGGAAUGAGAUACUUUUCUCUGCGAGAAGGGCAAAAGAAUGCGCAUAUGAUGCACUAAAUGUGGAUCAAUUCUGGUAUCUGAUGCAAGGCUUGAAUUGUGUUGAAAAGUUGUAGUCCAGAGGAAUCAAGACGCUAAGAAUCAUAUAAGAACAGAAUACAAUUUAAAUGAUAAGCACGCAAAAACAAAGCAAUGACUGGACUGGUUAUUCACAUUCCAUACCUUAAUUAUCUUCCUCUAAAUUUGCCCUUUUUCCGUUCACUUCCUAUAUAUAAAGCAAAGUUGCACACAACCUUUUUACUCAUGAGACUGGCCUGAGAAAAAAGAACAUAACUAAGAAACACAGCACAAGCUUCUUCCCAAAUUGGUGGAGCUGUACCUCCAAGAAUACAGCGUAGUUUAUCUCUGAAACAACGGGGAAAGCAGGCUGGAUUAAGGCCUAAGAUCAAGUGAGGUAAAGCACUGAUCAGAAAAUCACUAUUGUAGUUACCAGGUAAGGCUAAACUUACAUUUGUCUUCUGAAGACAAGACUUACGUAUUAUCCCAACCAACACCAAUCAAAAACUACCCUCUCUUCGCCAAGAAUGCCCAUCCCUUAUGAAAGGCAUCCAUUCCUCAGAGGAGUGAAUGACCCAGGAGAUUCUGGACUCAUCCUCUCAACUGAUGCAAAGCCAAGACUAAAAUGGACGCCAGAUCUUCAUGAGAGAUUUGUCAAAGCUGUCAAUCAGCUCGAUGGAGCAGAUAAGGCUACUCCUAAGGCAAUCAUGAAAGUUAUGGGCGUUCCAGGCCUUACCUUGUACCACCUCAAGAGUCAUCUUCAGAAAUACAGGCUGAGCAAGAAUCUUAAUGGACAAGCUAACUACCAGAAAUACCAGAAAUACAGGCUGGAAGAAAAGAGCCACGAUGCAAAUGAAAUUCACACCGAGAGUUUUAGCAUUGGACAACCGACAGAAAAGAACUUACCCAUAAGCGAAGCACUACAAAUGCAAGUAGAGGUCCAGCAAAGGCUCCAUGAGCAACUUGAGGUACAGCGACAUUUGCAGCUCAGGAUAGAGGCUCACGGAAAAUACCUGCAGGCGGUUUUAGAGAAAGCCCAUGAGACGCUAGGAAAACAAAAUUUAGGUACAGAUGGGAUUGAAGCUGCCAAAGUUCAACUCUCUGAACUAGCAUCUAAAGUUUCAGCAGAAUACUCACACACUACUUUUCAAGAACCGAAGGAACUGCAGAGUCUACACCCCCAACAGAUGGAAACCUACCCUUCGGUAUGCUCCUUGGAUAGUAGCCUGACCUCCCGAGAGAGAAACCAAACAAUCCCAAAGAUUGUCGAGAACAGAUUGGGACUAAGACCAUAUCAUGGUGAUUCAAAGUCCGAGCAAAAAGAGAUUUCAGAACAACAGCUGUUCCAACGGUUGGAGCUUGCUUGGUCAGAAGGCCAAAGAGAGACCAGAACAUAUUUUUCCACAAUGGUUAAUGACACAGAAGCGAGAAUAUCUUCUUCAGAAAGAAGUCUUGGCAAUUUGUCUAUAGGAAUAGGAUUGUACGGACAGAAAGGACAAGAAAAUACAGGGUACACAGAGGAAAGGACGAAAAAGGAUGAAGAUUGUAAGUUUGAAACCCGAAACCAAAAGGGUAUGGACUCUACAACAGAGCUAGAUCUUAACACUCAUGGUGAGAACUACGACACAGCACGUCCUAAGCAGUUCGACUUGAAUGGUUUCAGCUGGAACUGACAAGGAUCAUUGAAGUGAAGAGAGUCUGAAAGAUCUGCAAAAAUUUCUGGGUUCACCCUCAGAGUGGAAAGCUGAAUCCUUUCAUAUCCCGUAUUAGCCUGGAGAACUCGUCCAACUGGAACCUGUCAAUUCAAUAUCUAAACAACAUAGAUAGAGACACCUUGAGCACAAAGUACCAUGCUAUUCAUUUGUAAAAUCUCAUAUAAACAGGAAAUUUCAUC